ACAGACGGACAAACUAAGAGCUGAUGGAUGAAUUCCUGCAGAGAUCUGCCUCACAUAGAGCCUGAACGCAGAGAGGCUGGAAGUCGUGUCUGUAAGCUGGACAAACCGACAGCAACCGGACAGAGCGGAGACAGUCACCGCUUCACCACGAUGAAGCUGAAGGAAGACCUGAACCCCGUGGUGCUGCUCCUCUUCCACCUCAUGGUGUGGAUCUACACCUUCAUCACCUUCCUGCCUUACUACCUCCUCAGCUGGUUCUCAGUACCUGUCGGGGGCUUCUCCGGUUCAGAGGAGGAGCGAGCCAAGAGAUCGAAGGCCCGCUCUGUGCUGGGAUGUCCCGAGGGACCGUACAGAGCGGUGAGUGCCACCAAGAAGCUGGUGACAUCGAUGCACCCGGGAGUGGACACCCUGGAUAAGAUGUUUGAAUACGCAGCCACGAGGUUCCCCCACAGAGACUGUCUCGGGACGAGGGAGGUGAUCAGUGAGGAGGACGAGCAACAGAGCAACGGGAAGGUGUUUAAGAAGGUAGUUCUGGGUGAGUACCAAUGGUGCUCCUAUGAGGAUGCCCUCACAGCAGCAUCCCAGCUGGGCAGUGGUUUGUUAUCACUGGGCCAGCGGCCGAAAAACAACAUUGCCAUCUUCUGUGAGACGCGAGCCGAGUGGAUGAUAGCUGCCCAGGCCUGCUUCAUGUACAACUUCCCAUUGGCCACACUUUACUCCACAUUGGGAGGUCCAGCCAUCGCUCACGGGCUGAAUGAGACUCAGGUCACCCACAUCAUCACCAGCAGAGAGCUCCUGGAGACCAGACUCAAGGCUAUCCUAAUUGAAGUUCCAAGGCUGCAGCACAUCAUUGUAGUGGAUAACACACCAACCUCGUGGCCCGGCUAUCCACGCGGCAUCACUGUCCACAACAUGGCUGCUGUUCAGAAACUGGGGGACAGGCCUGAGAAUGCCGCACGUGAGCGUAAGCAGCCGCUGCCUUCAGACAUUGCAGUCAUCAUGUAUACCAGCGGAUCCACGGGUAUACCAAAGGGCGUCAUGAUCUCCCAUAGCAACAUCAUCGCUGGCAUCACAGGAAUGGCUGAGCGGAUACCUAAUCUGUGUGAGGAUGACACCUACAUUGGUUACCUGCCUCUCGCCCAUGUACUGGAGCUCAGUGCAGAGCUCGUAUGUAUUUCUCAUGGCUGCAGGAUCGGCUAUUCCUCACCUCAGACUCUUGCUGACCAGUCAACCAAGAUCAAAAAAGGAAGCAAGGGGGACACCAGCAUCCUGCAGCCCACUCUAAUGGCAGCUGUUCCGGAGAUCAUGGAUCGGAUCUAUAAGAAUGUGAUGACCAAGGUUGAGGAGAUGAACUGCUUCCAGCGAACACUCUUCAUUCUGGCCUACAACUACAAGCUGGAGCAGCUCACCAAAGGAAACAACACACCUCUAUGUGACAAGCUGGUGUUCAGGAAAGUUCGCUCUCUGCUGGGAGGCCGGACACGAGUCUUGUUGUCAGGAGGAGCGCCGCUCUCCGCAGCCACACAGCGCUUCAUGAAUGUGUGUUUCUGCUGCCCAGUGGGUCAGGGAUAUGGCCUGACAGAGACUUGUGGAGCUGGAACCAUCAGCGAGCUGUGGGAUUACAGCACUGGGAGAGUGGGAGGACCGCUGGUUUGCUGUGAGAUAAAGCUCAAAGACUGGGUGGAGGGUGGUUACCGUAGCACAGACAAGCCGCAUCCUCGAGGAGAGAUUCUGAUUGGUGGCCCAAAUGUAACCAUGGGAUACUACAAGAGCGUGGCUAAGAACCAAGAAGACUUCUUUGUAGAUGAGAACGGUCAGCGGUGGUUCUGCACAGGAGACAUCGGAGAGUUUCACAAAGAUGGGUGCCUCAAGAUAAUUGAUCGUAAAAAAGACUUGGUGAAGCUGCAGGCAGGAGAGUACGUGUCCCUGGGAAAGGUGGAGGCCAUGUUGAAGAACUGCCCUCUGGUCGACAACAUCUGUGCCUAUGCCAACAGUGAUGAGACGUAUGUGAUUGGCUUUGUGGUGCCCAAUCAGAAGCAGUUGCUCGCUCUGGCUGACCAAUACAGUAUCCAAGGCUCGUGGGAGGAGCUGUGCAACAGCAAGGCCAUUGAGGAGCUGGUCCUCAAGGUCAUCACUGAGGCUGCACUAGCAGCUCAGCUAGAGCGCUUUGAGAUUCCUCGCAAGAUCCGUCUGAGCCCAGACCCUUGGACUCCCGAGACAGGAUUAGUGACUGACGCAUUCAAGCUCAAACGCAAGGAGCUGAAAACACAUUACCAAGAUGAUAUUGAGAGAAUGUACGGUGGGAAAUAGCACCAAAGCCCAGCACGUCAUCGUUCAUUCUCAAGGCACAGACCAACACUUGACUCAGAAACACUCCCAGCACCGUCUCACCCCCUCCUAUUUUCUACUCCAUCAGUAUAAGACCAACAGUGACCUAAAUCUGUGGUAAAUCUUACUGUUGCUAGGAUCUCAAAGAAAGCAGGACAAGGGUAGGAUGUUGCAGUUUCCCCCUUUUCUGUGCACAUCUGUAGAUUUUGCACUGUGGAAGCAGCUUUUACUUGAAUUUGUACCUAAACACACACUGAAAAAAUGUUUAAAAGAAAAAAAAUGUCCCUGUCCACUGCUGCAUUCUUCCAUCCAGGUGUGUGACCUCUUUGUGGAGAUCUUACUGCUCCAGAUGUGAGUUAUGAAACAGAUCAUGUGCUAGCUGAUGUUGUCUGUUGAACUCUUGCCUGAGUGCCACAGCAGAAACUCAGGUCUGUUGGACAGGUUUUGUUGCCUUGUUGCUUUGUGCUCACCCAUGAGACACUAGACUAGCUUAUGUAGGUCUCAGAAUCUUUCCUAUCGUUUAUUUACAUUCUUUUCUAUUUUUUUUUUUUUUAAUUUAAAGGUUUCACCUUCCUUUUCCUAUUUCCAAUGCUCCUUUUUUAUAAGUAGCAUUUCCUGCAGGUCAGGAGACGGUUAACUCUUUUUUUUGUUUCUUUUCUUUUUUUAAAUAUGUUUUGAGUUCUGUCAGUGGUUUAUUUUUUCUGCCACCCACAGUCAAACUCUGAGUCCCACGCUAGUAGGACGUCUCUCCCAUCAGAACAUCUUGAUACCAAAAGCACAAAGUCAUUUGAGGGCAAAUGAGAGCAGGUUGGUAAAAAGUACUAAAGCCAUGUCUGUUUUAAUGAUUUUCUUUUCUUUUUUUUUUUUUUUAAGGAAGAUGACAAAAAAAAUGGCACCUAACAGGCUUAUUUAAAAAGAAAAGAAACAAAGAUCCACUGUUGUUUAGUCUAUUGAAUUUUCCUAUAAAGACAGAGUAUACUUUUCUAUGUGCUGUACAGACCACAGUGUGGACAAAAAUGCACAUUUACUUGCUUGUAUUACAGAUGAAAUUACUGUGUAAUCAUUGUCAUGUUUGAUAAAUCGUAGUGCAAUAUGAAAAUGUAUCAUCUCUGUCCAAGUAAGGUAGUUGGUUACAGAUAGGGUUUAAAUAAAACGUCUCAGUGUGCAUGUGGGUGCACCACUUGAAAAAUGAGCACAUUUUUACAAGUGCAACUUCUGUGUGUUUGGCUCACAUUUGUCAUUGUCAUUUCACUGUUUAAAGCCUUGUCACAUGUUUUGUGUUUGGUCAUCUGCACGAGUCUGACAGAGUGUGUGUCUGGUUGUGUCCAUACACAGCACAAACUUGACCCCAGCGUCCCUCACUGUGUUGCCUUUUCUUGUGAUUCUGAGUGGCACCUUUCUUAUUCCUGAUUUUUAAUUUGAUGUACAUAAACUCUGAUAUGCUCUAUGUGUGUGUGGAGCUAUGAUCAGCAGAUGAAGCACAUGUCCAGCCUCUAUUUUAACUUAAACUUUAUUAUCAUAGACCGGUUUUGGAGCUCCCUCCACUCCCUCUCUGUAUGGAGGACCUGCCUUGUAACAUAAUCCAGCUAUUUAUUUGUAAGU